UCCGCCGGGGCCGCCAUAGCUACAGAGGUAUUCGGCCUUGAUUUGGGGACCCCAGGCUACAUCCCUCCCUCUCUAGGGCCCAGACAGAAGCUCGAGAGAGCACAUCUUGUGAAAAUGACCCAUUGGUUUCAUAGGAACCCGUUAAAAGCUACAGCUCCCGUGUCUUUUAACUACUAUGGCAUGAUCACUGGCCCUCCCGCUUCAAAGAUUUGCAAUGAUUUGAGAUCCGCCAGGACUCGGCUCCUCGAACUGUUCACUGAUUUGAGCUGUAAUCCAGAAACGAUGAAGAAUGCAGCAGACUUGUAUUUCUCUCUUUUACAAGGUUUCAUAAAUUCAGUGGGUGACUCUACCCAGGAAAGCAAAUUACGAUACAUUCAGAAUUUCAAGUGGACCGAUACAUUACAAGGACAUGUUCCAAGUGCCCAGCAGGAUGCUGUUUUUGAACUGAUUUCCAUGGGAUUUAAUGUAGCACUGUGGUAUACAAAAUACGCUUCAAGAUUGGCUGGAAAAGAAAACAUAACAGAAGAUGAAGCAAAAGAAGUGCAUCGGAGCCUCAAAAUCGCAGCAGGGAUCUUUAAACAUUUAAAGGAAAGUCAUAUACCCAGACUCCUUACACCAGCAGAAAAGGGGCGGGAUUUAGAGGCUCGGCUCAUCGAUGCUUACGUCAUCCAGUGCCAGGCCGAGGCUCAAGAAGUGACAAUCGCCCGAGCAAUUGAACUGAAGCAUGCUCCAGGAUUGAUCGCCGCACUUGCAUACGAAACGGCCAGCUUCUACCAGAAAGCAGAUCAUACUUUGUCCAGUUUGGAGCCUGCACACUCUGCUAAAUGGAGAAAGUACCUUCACUUGAAGAUGUGCUUCUACACGGCUUAUGCAUAUUGCUACCAUGGCCAGACUCUGUUGGCAAGUGACAAAUGUGGAGAAGCAAUCAGAUCUCUCCAAGAAGCAGAAAAAUUGUACGCAGAGGCGGAAGCCCUGUGCAAAGAGUACGGGGAAACCAAAGGACCAGGGCCAACGGCCAAGCCGUCAGGACACUUGUUCUUUCGGAAGCUAGGAAGCCUUGUGAAGAACACCCUGGACAAGUGUCAGAGAGAAAAUGGCUUCAUUUACUUUCAAAAAAUUCCAACAGAAGCCCCACAACUGGAACUCAAAGCAAACUAUGGGCUGGUAGAGCCUGUGCCUUUUGAAUUUCCUCCUAUGAGUGCUCACUGGACACCAGAAGCGUUGGCUGCAUUUGAUCUCACCAAGAGGCCCAAGGACGACAGUAUCAAACCCAAACCGGAAGAGGAAGUGAAACCUGUAAAAGAACCAGAUAUCAAACCUCAGAAAGACACUGGGUGCUCUGUCUCAUAAGAAUGUCAUUCACUUAGAAAUCUCCACUGGUCCAUAAGAGAAACCGUGGGACUUCAGUUCACCUCUUCUGAUUUCUCUGAAGCCUAUAGGAUAAUUGUUAGCUUCAGAGCGACUUGGCCUUUAGUUUAUUUAUUCAGAAUUUUUAACAUAGAGGCAUCUCAUGAUUUUGUUUCUGGGCUCUGCUUUUUUAAUCAGUACAACAUUUGGAAGGGUUGUUUUUUUACACCUCUAAUGAGUAUAUGUUUGUGUGGUGGGGGUUGGACCUUUUUUGAACUCUAGAUAGUAAGUUUCAUGUUCAUGUUUUUCUACUUUCACAAAAAUGUUUAUUCUUCUGGUUUGAUACCAGAAGAAUGUUUUGAAAAGAGAUGGGUUCGCCUCUCAUCACCACCUUGUCAUAUCUGAGUCUCAGUCUUUUGGUGGGGAAACAGAAUCGUGGUUAAAAUCAGAAAACCUCAGACCAAAUUCUUUCCUUAGACUUAACCAGAGUCUAUAAUUACUAGAAAAUCAGUGUCUUCAAGAAUGUGUAAGUUACUUGGAAAUCGGCAGUAUGGGUCUGUCCCCUUCAGCCCCUGGCUCAGCAGUGUGGGGCUAUGCUCUCUUCACCCUCUGUACUGACACAGUGGUUGGUUUUUUGUUUUACAAGUACCUUUUCUAAUGAACUUUUUACUUAAAGGGUAAAGCUUUGUACUAGCAUUUAGUGGUUCUGUGUAGAGAGAAAAAGAAGGGAACUAGGUUUUGAAGAAGUAAAAUGUUGCAUGUUGUAAAGAAAGCCUUCACAAACUCAACUAAGAUAGGUUGUCCUGGAUCACACUGGUAAUUCCCUUUGUUAGAAGUGUUGUAAGAAAAUGCCUUUUGUUACCUGAUUUUGGUGUACAUUGUGUUUUUAACAUGGUAUUCUUCAAUAUCCUAUCAGAAUUGUUUGGCUUUAGGCCAAAGGCCAUAGCAACAGAAGGUUAGGCUAUAAUAGAAAAUAUAGACAUACAAACUAUGAUCUUUAAAGUAGAUUAUAUCACUUAAAGGAUUGGUUAUACCCAGAGACUGGGAUGGUGGCUGUGUGAUAUUUUACCGAGUAACAGAUGUGGGUGUAUCCUGCUUAGUUACUCUCUUAGGGUGUUAACUUCCUUUUCUAGGUGACAGAUUGCUUCAUGUAAUAGGAAUAAUAGUGUACGUGAGAACUUACUGUGUGCCAGACAGUGUAUAGGCACAUUCCUAGACCACUGCAUCCCCUUAGGAACCCUGGGAGAAACACAUCAGUCUGCAUAAAGUACUGAAACAGGAAUAGACAUCUCAUGAUGAAGAAUGAACAGAUUAUACCUGUCAAUCAAGAUUGUAGUCAAUAAAUCAUACAUCAUAGUUUACACUCCUUUGAAAAGCUACAUAUAAUCACUAAGAGGUUUUUUUUUAAUAAUUGAAAAUGUUAGUUACAGCUUGCAAUAUCUAAUAUUUGAAGCUGCUGCUUUCAGAAUACUUGGAGUAACUACUGAAUGGGCAUUAAAUUUUAUUUUGCUGCCUAUAGAAAAACAAUACUUUAUUAAGUUUUUACUCUUCCUACAGAGUCACUUGUUAAAUGCCAGUUACUGACAAAACUUUAACCAGUACUUGCUGCUGCCUGUUUACGCUCUGUCUGUAGGACUUAUUCUGUGUUCUAAUACUCAUUAACCUAGGUAGUCACGCUGCAGUUUCUGGACUAAACUGCCGUUCAUGAAAUGAAAACACAUACUAUGUCGGGCGCUUCUGUAAAGGGCAGUAAAUGCAGGUGUUUAAAUCCAUAAUUGGCAGUGUUCACAUGUUCGCAUGAGCAGUCUUCAGUUGACUGCAAAGGUAACACCAGACGCCUAAUAUACCCCAUACCAUACGGUUCUGAAGUAGUAUUGGGAAUCUGGGGAGACACGGACUAUAAAGCACUGGCAUGCAGGCUGUGGAGAGAUGAGAGUGGGUAUUGGUGUUGCAUGUAUUUCAUACCAGGCAAGGACAGCUCACAUGCUACUUCUCUACAGUGUUUAUAUGAUUUAUCCUUUUAUUUAUGAAAAUAAAAGCCAUUUUACUUACAUAUUCACUGGAUUUGUGUGGAGAUAUCUGCUAGUAGCAGAUUUGCAACAGUAAAAAUUCUUUCUUAUAGUUAUACUUUAAAUGACAUUUGUGUCUGUUCUUUGCUUCCUGUGUUAAUGUCCGUUACAUACUUAGUUUAUGCUUGUGUUUGUAUUGGUACUUAACCACCUCUUAAUGUGAAAAAGCACAAUUGUAAUUAGCUCAUCCAGCUCAUAGUACCAGUUCAGUGCAGUAUUCUGUGAGUUGUGGCUAGCAGGGCAACACCUAAGGAGCUUCCAGGGCUGGUCACCUUCAGGAUUACAAACAAUGUAAUGCGUUAUCUACCAUGAUGUAAACAUUGGGAAAGGACCAGAAACGGGCACGUAACCGCACACAGGCACACAGUAAAUACUGAAGAUAAAGGUGCAAGGUCAUCCCAGGUGACACAUAGUCCUGAGGAGUGGCCAUAGCUGGCUUACACUGGAUUUAUCCAUGUUGUACAUCUCACUGACACUGCUGCUCUGCACACAGCUCUAGUUCCUUCUAAGAGGUUGUGCUCAGCACAGGUUAGAACUCUACACAGCAUCUUGACUUGGGAACAGUGGAGGCUGGAAGAGGGUUGGUUAGUUCCUGUGUAAAUUACCCAAUGCUGGUUCUUUGCUAUCGUAACCCAGUCCAUUUGAAAACAUGAUGAUAAGUGAAAACAAAGUAGUAACAGACUAUUGGUAAGAUGCCUUCCUCCUUCAAGUUAGAAGCCAGCAUGUGCUUUCUUGGUACAUAAAUCAAUUGAAAUGAUUAUAGAUGAUAAGAAAAAUACUAAAAUUGUUUUAAAACAGAAAAUAAGACUAUUGCAAAUUUGUAUUUUGUAAUCUGUUACAUAGUUCCUUCCCAUACUCAUUAAAUUUAACUAAGUGCAUGAGUCA